AUGUUCAAUUCGCAUGUUUGUCUGACACACGACACCAACUUCGUACAAACCGGUGCUUCCGAAUCGACUUCAGACGCAUCCACAUUGACUGAUAUGGGAAACUGUGCUCUGUGUGAGGAUAAACUACAUGAAUCAGAAGAAACGGAACCUUUAUGCUUGGACCAGUCGACCACGUUUCCCAAUUCCUAUUCCUACCCGCUUUUCUACAAUCCAAACGAGUUCACACCAACAUUCCCUGGACAUAUGACCUAUCAGCGGACGUUUGCCAAAUCCUGUUCUCUUUCGUCUAUUGCACCCGGUUUCAAGACUAAUUUCAGUCCCAGUUAUUUGGAUUGUCGUUUAAGAUACAUACGCCAAACCAGACGAAUACAAAAGUAUUUACGGAUUACUCCGGAAGGUCAUCUGCUGGUAAAUGAUGUGAAACAGUACACUCGAUUGGGACCCGCACACGGUGCGAAUACACACUCGUCGAGCGAUAAAAUCAACCAAAUGAAUUGUGAUACAUUUCACCCGCUUUCCUCGCUCAUCAGUGUGACCAAAUUGCGAAGAAUACAUGCCGCCUAUUGGAAUUUAGAGUCCAGACAAGAUUUACUUCGUUCCCGGUCGGCCACCGUACAGGAACUCGCAUCCGAGUCGAGUAAAAGAGAUACACAAAAUGAUAGCCCUAGACCACUUGAGGAGGAGGAUGACAGUAGCCCGGAAACGAGUCCGCAUGUGGACUGA